AUGGGCUACUACAUCCGUCUCUCCCGAAUCGUCCCCGAUGGGCCCCCAGCCCACAGGGAACAUCUUCGCCAGCUCCUCCGCAUGCUGUACAAGACGGUCCUGCAGUUCAGCAUGCUCCUCGUCGCUUAUCCGAAUUCUGAUUACCUUCUUGAAACUCGCAACGCGGAAAUAAUCAGAGCCGAAUUUGCCAACAGCGAGAGAGAUCUCGUGACGUUCGAAUCAAGCUGGCUCUAUCCAAGGCUCGAGAGUGCUCUGGGAGCCGUCCCGGAGCCCAACGAUCACGACACCGAUACUUCGUACGAUUACAUGAUGUCCAGUGAGCCUGAUUCCGAGACUCUGGAUCACCCGACCAGUUCAGAUUAUGCUCCUACUCCUAGUCGUAGUCAAUCUACUAGCCCCGGGCUCCGGUACUGCAUUCACAGAUCAGCCAUUGAAAGCAGACGUGCCGGCACCGUAUCAGUGUGA